AUAAAGGGGAUGAUUCAAAUGCAUGGCAAUGGGUGCCAUGUAUGGAUAAUGUCUGGGAGUCUGAGAACAUCCCACACAGAUUCCUUCAAGCAUGCUCUGUUUUUGACCGACCUAGCGAUUUGUCUGCUACAAACGACACGAUGGGGUUCCUUGACAAAGCUAUGCACUGCAUUGAAGGCAUUGGACUUGAUCCACCAAGAUGCUGACACACUACUGGGGACGUUAGCCGAAGCGGGAUUUGAUUUUCUGAGGGAUCUGGUGCCGAGACUUAUAUGGCAUCAAGGUUUUUAC